GCGUCCCCGCGCCCAGCAAGGCCUCCCCGCCGCGCCGCCCUCAAGGCCGUCCGCGCCGGACAGAGCAGCGGCCGGCUCUCGUGCACCCGCGCCCGGUUCCCGGUUCCCCGGUUCGCGGGCGGCGCGUCAGAGGAGGCGGGUGGAGCGCGGGGAAGGCAGUGAUCUCGGGCCGCCCGCCGGACGCCGAUGGCUCAGGCGAGGAUCAGCGCCAAGGCCAACGAGGGCCGUUUCUGCCGCUCCUCGUCCAUGGCCGACCGCUCCAGCCGCCUGCUGGAGAGCCUGGACCAGCUGGAGCUCAGGGUGGAAGCUCUUCGGGAAGCGGCCACGGCUGUGGAGCAGGAGAAGGAGGUCCUCCUGGAGAUGAUCCACAGCAUCCAGAACAGCCAGGACAUGCGGCAGAUCAGCGACGGAGAAAGAGAAGAAUUAAAUCUGACUGCAAACCGUCUGAUGGGACGAACCCUGACUGUGGAAGUUUCAGUAGAAACAAUUAGGAACCCCCAGCAGCAGGAGUCCCUCAAGCACGCCACCAGGGUCAUUGACGAGGUGGUCAGUAAGUUUCUGGAUGAUCUGGGAAACGCCAAGAGUCACCUGAUGUCGCUGUACAGCGCGUGUUCCUCCGAGGUGCCUGCGGGGCCGGUGGAUCAGAAGUUCCAGUCCAUCGUGAUUGGCUGUGCUCUCGAGGAUCAGAAGAAAAUUAAGAGAAGACUAGAGACCCUGCUUAGGAACAUUGAAAACUCUGACAAGGCCAUCAAGCUGCUGGAGCAUUCUAAAGGGGCUGCUUCCAAAACCCUGCUACAAAACACUGAAAGCAGAUUCAACUAGUGUUCCAACCUAAGAGCCCUUAUAAAUAAUCAAAUAAAAAUGAUAACGUACUAUCUUAAGUGAUAACUAGUUCUGUUUGUUAGACGUAACAACUCAUUUGAUACUGAUUGAUAGUUGUUUCCGAUGAGGAAAAUAUCUGUGUUGUUAGUUUGUGAAUAACAAUUAAAACUAGAAAUAUUUUGAUUACCUUUCUAGAAGUUUUUAGAUUGAAUUCUUGUCUUGUACUAGGAUCUAGCACCUCAUAUAUAUAUAUAUCUAUAUUUUACUAUUCUGUGGAUGAACACUUAGUAUGUGGGGGAAAUAAGUGCUCGGCUAGGGGUAAAAGCAUCACGGUUCUCUCCUGGGCUUUGUCUGCAAAGACACACGGGCACACACUGACCACGCAUCUGCUGUGAGCCAAGCAGUGAGCUUGGAAUUAUGGAAGGGAACCUUCCCUGUGUCUUCUCUUUCAUUCAGCAGGUUUUUUAGACAUCUAUAUCAAAUUAUUUUGAACUUAAACAUUUAUGCAUCUCAUAAUCUGAAUGUUAUUUCUUGAUAACACGUGAAAACAUGACAUAAAAUGUGAGAAACUUCACCUCUAAUUUUACCACUCUGAACUGUAUACGGUAUAUCCACUUCAUCUUUUUCCAAAUGCAUCAUUUCUUUAAAUUUUUAAUCACUACAGAAAUACAAUGUUGUAACUUGCCUUUAAAAGGAAAAAUUAAAUACUGUUUUAAAGUCUGCUUUUAAUUCUCAACUUAAGAACCUCUAUCCCAUGUAGUUGUACAAUUUACCCAUUCCCCUUACUGGACAUUUAGGUUGUUUCCAGUUUGUUGCUUAUUACUGCAACAUACUUGUGUACGUAGAGCUUUUUCCUUCUUUCCUUUGUUUUUGAUUUUCUUUGUAUAAAUAAUUCCCAGCAAUGGGUUUUACUGGGUCAAAGGGUAUAUACAUUUUCAUGGUCUGAUAUGUUUCCAAAGUUUUUUUGUAUAAGAGUUAUAUCAAUUUAUACCGUCUUAAAUAAUUAAAAAGUAGCUGUUUCACUGAGA